UUUAUCUAACCAAACGACCCCAAAGGGUUUUGGGUUUAGCUGUAUUCAUUUCGCGGUGCGGCAGAGCAGUAAUCCCAUGUGGUCGGUUGUAAGAUCUCGAAGCUUCUCCUCUUCCCCUGCAACACAGCAGCAAUGGAAGCUAGGGUUUUCAAUGCUCAAUCGCCCUCUAUCGUCCGCCGCCGUCAACGACGGCGACGGUGAAGGAAUCCGCGGCGGAGAGUUACUGAAACUAGAAGAAGUGGAGGCAAUCCUUAAAGACGUUAAAGCUGAUAACGUCAAAGUUAUUCCUAUACCUAAACACGUUGAUUUNCUCUUUGAUGUGUUAUCUUAUCCAAAGAAAAAUGAAUCUGGAAAUAAGUUCUGUGCAUCUUUGUCAUUCAAGUUAACAAUUUUACUUGAAGAAUCAUCUUCCUUUUCUAUAACUUCACUUAUUUUGUUUGAUGAACAGGUUAAACAAAAGCAGAAAGGAUCAAAGAGAAUGUUGUUACCAAGCGUGGAAGGGCAAGAAGGGGGGAAGUGGAUUGUAAUCGACUCUGGCAAAUUAGUAAUCCAUGCACUUGAUGAGAAAGUGAGAGCAUAUUACAACUUAGAGAGGCUUUGGAGCACAGAUGCAUCAAACCAGGACCAUGGUCUUGUCCAGGGUCAGGAUUUGGACAAGGCCUUUUUGAAGGUUCGACCCAAGAAUAACUCAAAAAAACGUCCAUCAACAAGUGCCUGAGCGACGAGUUACAGCAUGGAAAAUCAGAUCCUUCAUGUUGGCUGGCAGAUGCAGCCUUACUAUGGAAGUAGCUUCUUUCAGGAAUAGCGGAGGAUUAAAUUGGAGAUUGUCAUUUGACCAAAGCGUACAAGUUAGAUUUCCAUUGCGAGUUCGGAGUAUGACUUUUAUAAUGGUAGCUGUGUAACCUUUGAGGUGUACAUUUUCAUUGUAUGUUACUGCAGCAGCGAAGCCUUUGAUGUGUAAUACUCGUUCCGGUUAGAAUGCCUGUCAGGUCGUGAUGUUUUCUUGUUGAUGAAAACAUCGGCUUGGUACAAGCGGAACUAAGGUCCAUAGCAAUGUUCAAUCUUCAAACUAUUUUUCUAAAGUUCUUUUUUAUUUUA